UAAUAAAAAAAACUAUUAAGGAAUUAUUAAGAAUUUCUUUUUCUCAUUGCAAGGCAACUCUGUGUUUUCAAAACGUUCACAAUAACGGAUAGCAUCGCAACUACCUUGUGCGUUCAGUGUCAAAAUAAUUUUCACCGAAGAAAUUCAAAAAAAAUUAUGAAAUUCUGAAUUCAAAAUAAUUUUGUUGAAAAUCUAAAAUACUUUGAACGCAACUAUAUCGGCUGCUUGUAAAUAAGAAUUAAUUUAAUUGUGCGAGAGUAAAAUGGAUGACGAUGAAAAUGAUCAAAGUUUGCUAUCGUCAGAGACAAAAGAAAAACGCGAUGAAGGGAACAGAAGCGAAACUGUUACUAUUAACGAUAAAAGCGGAAAAUUCGAUCCUGGAAUUGCAAUAAACUGCGAAGGUUAUCAAGCAGCGAAGCGCACCCGUCACGGGAGACCAUCAAUUUAUGAUGAUGUUGACGAGAAAAGUCUUGGACGUGUUUAUAGUGUGUCUGGACCAGUUGUGACAGCUGAAAAUAUGGUAGGGGCUGCUAUGUACGAACUAGUUAGAGUGAGCUACUUUGAAUUAGUCGGCGAAAUUAUCCGUCUAGAAGGUGAUCUGGCUACAAUACAAGUCUACGAAGAUACUUCUGGUGUGACGGUGGGUGAUCCGGUUUUACGUACCGGCAAGCCACUUUCUGUUGAAUUGGGCCCAGGUAUAAUGGGUAAUAUUUUUGACGGCAUUCAACGUCCUUUGCGUUCUAUACGUGAUGUCACUGAACUGAUUUUUAUACCGAAGGGUAUCAAUGUUGCAAGUUUGCCACGCGAUAUUAAUUGGGAUUUCACCCCAAUCACUGGAGUUCGUGUAGGUUGUAAUCUAACUGGAGGUGAUAUAUAUGGCGUAGUCUACGAAAAUACUUUGGUAAAACAUCGGUUAAUGUUACAUCCUCGUUCAAAAGGUCGCAUAACUUUCAUAGCUCCGCCUGGAAAUUAUACUUUAAAUGAUGUUGUUAUGGAGACUGAAUACGACGAGGUUAAGACAAGUCAUACGAUGUUACAAGUGUGGCCAGUACGUCAGGCUCGCCCGGUCACGGAAAAAUGGCCAUCCAACGUUCCUUUGCUAACAGGCCAACGUGUUAUAGAUUCACUGUUCCCGUCCGUUCUGGGUGGCACUACUGCUAUACCAGGCGCCUUCGGUUGCGGAAAAACAGUGAUUUCUCAAGCCUUAUCCAAAUAUUCAAACUCGGAUGUUAUAAUUUAUGUGGGCUGCGGUGAAAGGGGCAAUGAAAUGUCUGAAGUACUGCGUGAUUUUCCUGAACUAUCCAUCGAAAUUGAUGGUGUUACCGAGUCGAUAAUGAAACGUACCGCUUUAGUCGCUAAUACUUCUAAUAUGCCGGUCGCCGCACGAGAGGCAUCAAUUUACACUGGGAUCACUCUGUCUGAAUAUUUUCGGGAUAUGGGUCUUAAUGUUUCUAUGAUGGCAGACUCUACUUCAAGAUGGGCUGAAGCAUUGCGUGAAAUAUCCGGUCGUUUGGCUGAAAUGCCAGCUGAUUCGGGCUAUCCCGCUUAUUUAGGAGCUAGAUUGGCUUCGUUUUAUGAACGUGGUGGGCGUGUCAAAUGUCUAGGAAAUCCGAAACGAGAAGGUAGUGUAACAAUCGUUGGUGCAGUGUCCCCGCCAGGCGGUGAUUUUUCCGAUCCCGUAACAUCGGCAACUUUAGGUAUUGUCCAAGUAUUUUGGGGCCUGGAUAAAAAGCUAGCGCAACGUAAACAUUUCCCAUCUGUUAAUUGGUUAAUAUCCUAUUCAAAAUAUACUCGAGCCUUAGAUGAUUAUUACGAGAAAAACUUCCCUGGGUUCGUACCGCUACGUGUCAAAACACGGAAAAUUUUACAGGAAGAAGAAGAUCUAUCCGAAAUUGUACAGUUGGUAGGCAAAGCAUCCUUAGCUGAAACUGACAAGAUCACAUUAGAAGUAGCCAAAAUGCUGAAAGAUGAUUUUUUGCAGCAAAACUCUUACACGCCAUACGAUUGCUACUGCCCCUUUUACAAGACGUUCGGAAUGUUAAAAAAUAUGAUCGCAUUCUACGACUUAGCAAGAAACGCCGUUGAAAAAACAGCUCAAAUGGAAAAUCGGAUCACAUGGAGUAAGAUACAACAAUUUAUGGGCAGUUUAUUAUAUCGAUUGUCUUCAAUGAAAUUUAUGGAUUCGGCAAGAGAUGGCGAGGAAAAAAUCUUAAAGGAGUUUCGUACACUAAAUGAAGACUUGACAUACGCAUUCCAAGCUUUAAAAAUCGACUAUUACUAA